GUUUUUCAGCCCUGGUUAACUACAGUAUGUCAUCAAAAUGCAGUUUGUGACAUCUUUAGGAGACUAAUUUAUGCAACUGUUUUGACAGGUUUAGAACAAUGGUGUCAACAAAAGCAAACAGACAAAAGUUCAUCAAAUCUUCUGUCACUCUGCUGAGAUCUUCUGGAUUUGAUGGACUGAACCUCGACUGGAGGUUUCCAAGAGGAGAUGGAACAGAUCAGCACGAUAAGCACAGAUUCACACUAUUGUGCCAGGAACUCAAAGAGGCCUUUGAAGCUGAUGCAACAGAAACUCAUCGUCCCGUAUUAAUGGUUACUGCUACUGUGGCUGCUGAGAAAAGCCUAAUCGAUACUGGUUACAUGGUUCCAGAGAUUUCCAAGUACCUGGAUUUCAUUAACGUCAAGACAUUUGACUAUCAUGGACCAUGGGAAAAUGUCACUGGACAUCACAGCCCGUUACACAAAGGACCUAAAGACACUGGAGCCCACAUUUAUUCGAACACUGCAAGUGGAGAAAUUUACUGAAUUGUAACUCACUCAGCACAUUUCUAUUUAGAAUGUAUUUCACUCUCAUAUAUAUUUUGGUUUCUACAUUUAAGGACUAUGCCAUGAAGUACUGGCAGGAGCAGGGAUCAUGUACAGAACAGCUAAAUAUGGGGAUAGCUGCAUAUGGACGAGCUUUCAGCCUCUCUUGUGAAUCCACUAACGUCGGAACCAAAACCAGUGGUCCUGCAGAAGAAGGCUGUUACACCAAUGAGCC